AUGGGCCAGAACUCCAGCCUGCCAGAGGUACCACCAACGCAGUCACAGCGGCCCGAAGAAACGAUAAUCAGUACUCUGAGUGCAGUCGACAAGUCCUUGAGUCAGAUACCCGGUGUGAUCAACACUGCAGAACGAUUGGCGAAUGUCGUCCAGAAAGCCAUGCCCACGGUGAAGAUCCUGGCGUCCCAUGCCAAAUAUCUGGCCGGGUUUCAAGGGUAUUUCAUUGCAGCCGGUGCCGUGCUGCCCGCGCAGUGCAUCCAGGUGUUUCAAGGACAGGCGAUCAUAGCCGAGCUCCGGGGCAUUCGACGAGAGCUGGCGGCGCAGACGCGUCUGGACGCUCCCGAAAAGUUCGCGACUCAGGUUCACGGCUACAUCGACAUGAUGACCAAGAGCACGAGCACCUCCACCUCCUCCACCUCCAAAUCCAACAGCAGCAUGAAGCAGCACCUCUACUUCGUCUACCACCCGGAUACCGACUGGCACCCUUAUUUCUGCAAGCUGGUGGAACGAAAACCCCUCGCGAACAACUUCUUCGGCAUGGCCGAGAACCUCGACACGCUGUGUAUUUGGAUGCGGUACCUGCGAGCGCUGUUUACCAAGUCCGGGGAAUGGGGCAAAGACCCCGUCUUCCAUCUCUUAAUGCCCACAUAUCGCCAACUCCACAUCGAGGAACCCAUAGCUUUCGCGCAAGCACUGCACCCUCUCUGUCUUCACGGCUUCGUCCAUAAUAGCAAGUGCUCCGUGGAACUGAACUUGCCUAACACCGAUCCGGAGAUGCUGGACGGGGUAGGGAUCUGGAAGAGGCCUUCGAAUUUGUUCGGGCUCUUCCAGUCCACGGAGACUCCGAGGGUUCUUGGGAAUGUCCCGCUCUCCGCCGACGAUACCCUUUCACCGGAAGCUGGUAUUCGCAGAGUGCGGAGGAGAAGGCGUCGGCGUUGA